AUGGCUACUACCAUAACUCAAUCCAAAUCGCCUUCUAUUUUGUCUGAAACUAUUAACCUCAGCGACCUUCCGCCCAUAUAUGUCUUGCCGACCCAUUUGGACCUGGACCAGCUGCACGAAGUGGAAGAAGCGCUAGAAAGAUGCGGUGCUCCGCUCACCUACGAUAUCUCGGAGUCUGAGCUAGUCUUGGGUAAAGUGUCGCAGAAGAGACGUGCUGCAUUUGAACUUCGAUCUAGGGGACUGCAGACUGAGGAAGUUUCCGUACCAGCGGUGGUUACCGCUACUGCUUCAGGAGCAGGCCCAUCACCUAAACGGCGGAGAGUUGGAGGUGCGAAGGAAAUGCGUGAGCAUGGACGGCCAGCAAAAGAAGAUGAUGUUGUCGACCUGACCAUAGAAUCGGAAGGGGAAUACACGGAUGCAGACGAAGGAGCUGAGAGACAUGCUAAGAGGGUGCUUAAACCUCCAAAGUCGCAACCUGACGACCUGGUAGUUCAAAAGGUUGAGGGCAGUAUCUUGAUUCUCAAGUUUUCAUGGCUGGAAGAUUCUCUUGAAGCAGGCCACGCCCUCCCACUGGCGCCAUAUAUUGUUUACCAUGCGCGCAAAUUAGCUGCCUCGGACAAUGUUUCGAUAGGUGAAACUUCUUCGAGCGUUACUUCUGUGGGGGUUAGCCCACGAUCUCCGCUCAUGCGACGGGAGAGCCCGUCGAGAGGAAUUUUGGAGCGUGCCAAAGCACAUGCAUCUUCGUCGCCAACCUCAAGCCGUUUUUUUCCAGGUCCUAUCAGAUCUCGCCGGACUAGAGUUCAUCACGGGCAUCCUGUUCAAAAACAGCCACCCAGGUUUAUCCGGGAGACCACUCAAGAACAUGAAGCUAACGAGGAAAGACCAUCAACCCCCACUUGGGUUCGCGACAAUCUUCUUUAUGCCUGCCAGAGAUCUUCUGUUCUCCAUCCUCCCAAUGAAGCGUUCAUAAACCAACUCAGCAGGAUCAAAAAAGUACGCGAGCUAACUCUCGAUGAAAUCGGAGUUCGUGCAUAUAGCACAGCCAUUGCCUCUAUCGCCGCGUACCCCUACAAACUCCAAUCACCCAAAGAGGUCUCCGCAUUGCCAGGCUGCGAAUCCAAAAUUGCUGUUCUCUUCUCCGAAUUUAAUCAAAGCAUCGAUGGCACCCUUGAAGCUGCCAACCAACUGGACAAAGACCCAGUCCUCAGUGUCCUUAGCCAAUUCAACAACAUCUGGGGCGUCGGCGCCAAAACAGCCCGCGAUUUCUACUACCACUACCACUGGCGAACCAUCGAUGACAUUAUCGAACAAGGCUGGAACACGCUCUCCCGCGUGCAGCAGAUUGGCAUCAAAUACUUCCACGAACUCAUGGCUGGGAUCCCACGUAGCGAGGUAGAGUCAAUCGCAGACAUCGUCCUACGGCACGCAAAGCUCGUCCGGCCGCACUCGCAAGAGGACUAUGAUGGCAAAGGGAUUGAAUGCAUCAUUGUCGGCGGCUACAGACGUGGGAAGGAAUUCAGCGGCGACGUCGACAUCAUUCUCUCCCACCGCGACGAGAGAGUAACGCACAACCUCGUCUACGACGUCGUCGCCAGCCUCGAACAGGGAGGAUGGAUCACGCACACGCUCGCCUUACAUCUCACCACCUCGCAGCGGGAGCAGCAGACAGCCCCUUACCGUGCCGACACGGGGGGGAAGCCGCGUUUUGACACCUUAGAUAAAGCCCUAGUCAUCUGGCAAGAUCCUCAUUUCGACGCUGGGAAGGGCGAAGGCGGCGAUGUUGACAACGAUAAUCGAAACCCCAACCCGCACCGCCGCGUGGAUAUCAUCAUCGCUCCCUGGCGGACGGUCGGUUGCGCCAUCGUCGGCUGGACCGGCGACACGACUUUUGAACGUGACUUGCGCCGCUACGCGAAGAAGAUGCACAAUUGGAAAUUUGACUCGAGCGGGGUACGCUCGCGUAGUACCGGAGGCCAGGUUAUUGAUUUGGAGGGUGGGGGGAGUACGUGGCAGGAGAGGGAGAAGUUGGUUUUAGAGGGAAUGGGGGUAGGGUGGAGGCCACCGGAAGAGAGGUGUACGAGGUAA